UGAGUGGACAUUUUGGUCUUUGUCCGCGGGUCAGCGCGGCCUCUGGGUCCACGUGGCGCCGAAGUAGGAGAAGAGACUUCGCUUUUUAAAAGGCAAUACAUUUUUCAAAGCUUCAAGCUUUGAGCUCGAAACCCAGUUUAGAUUUAAACAGAAAGUUGUAUGGGAAAGAAUCAUCCGCGUUACACAGUUUGGAAAUCCUCUACAUACUCUACUCUCCUGGUAGGAAUUUCUAUAAGUAGACUCCAGUGUGGAAAUGCCUGCAGUUUAAAAACUGCCUCAUUAGUGGAGCAAGCAGCCUAGAGGAAAAGCCUGUGAACUUACCAAACACGGGGAAGCGUUUGCCUAAGUGUCCCAUCUCACUGCACGUAGAAGUCAUGCUGAGAGGAAGCCCCGUGUUUCUCAGGAAUAUUGAAAAGCCAUUAGCUAGAUGACAGCUCUCUCAACAUCAGAAAAUUCAUGGUGGAGAAAAAGAAGUGAAAUUUGCAAAAACAACAUUGACUGUUAGUAAAACUUACACUGGGAAGAAAGGUUUGUUUCUUAUUCUUUGUCCCUUACUCUGCAUUUGAAUGAGAAGUUAGACACAGAAGCCUUAGAACUUUAAGAGAUGUGGAAAUAUCCUCAGCUAAGAGUAAGCCUUCAUUCAUCAAAAAUUUCAUAUUGGAGAUAAGCCUUGUGAAUGUGAUAAAGCUUCCAUUCAGAUGUCACACCUCAGUCAGCAGUUAAUUUUAAGUGGGGGAAGCCCCUUUGCCUGUAAAGUAUGUGGGAAACUCUUCAGCCACAAAUCAAAUCUUACCGAGCAUGAGCAUUUUCAUAAUAGAGAGAAGCCUUUUGAAUGUAACGAAUGUGGAAAAGCCUUUAGCCAAAAACAGUAUGUCAUUAAGCAUCAGAACACUCACACUGGAGAGAAGCUUUUUGAGUGUAAUGAUUGUGGAAAGUCCUUUAGCCAGAAGGAAAACUUGCUUACCCAUCAGAAAAUUCACACUGGAGAGAAACCUUUUGAGUGCAAAGAUUGUGGGAAAGCUUUCAUUCAGAAGUCAAACCUCAUCAGACAUCAGAGAACUCACACAGGAGAGAAGCCCUUCAUAUGUAAGGAGUGUGGGAAAACCUUUAGUGGCAAAUCAAAUCUUACUGAGCAUGAGAAAAUUCAUAUUGGUGAGAAGCCCUUUAAAUGUAAUGAAUGUGGAACAGCGUUUGGCCAAAAAAAGUACCUCAUAAAGCAUCAAAACAUUCACACUGGAGAGAAACCCUAUGAAUGCAAUGAAUGUGGAAAAGCCUUCUCUCAGCGAACAUCACUUAUUGUGCAUGUGAGAAUUCAUUCAGGUGAUAAACCUUAUGAAUGCAAUGUGUGUGGAAAAGCCUUCUCUCAGAGUUCAUCUCUAACAGUGCAUGUGAGGAGCCAUACAGGUGAGAAACCCUAUGGUUGUAAUGAAUGUGGGAAGGCCUUUUCUCAGUUCUCAACCCUGGCCCUGCAUUUGAGAAUACACACAGGUAAAAAGCCUUAUCAAUGUAGUGAGUGUGGAAAGGCUUUCAGCCAGAAGUCUCACCACAUUAGACACCAGAAAAUCCAUACUCAUUAAGCGGUCUGUGAAUACCUUCAGUAUGGGCAAGUGUUCAUUAAGGAUUUACACGCCAUAGUGCAUCAUCUCUAUUCUGAGGCUAAGAAUUAUAAAUCAGCCCAAUAUUUAACAUAAAAUGUCAUGAACACCGAAGAAUUCAUACUGAAGGGAAGGAAGUUUGUAUGAUUGAAAGCCUGCACUCAACAACCAUAACAGAAGAAAACAAUGCUGAAACUUUAAACAGUUAAUCUACAAUUGAGAAUGGAAAACAGGCAUGUUACUGCUAUCAGCAUAGAUCUGGAGCUCUUCUCCAGUCUAAUAAGUAAGCUGUUUAGAAGAAACAAAGCUAAAUUAUGUGAUUUUAAGAGGACAGACAUUAUAGAAUGAUAACUAUGCAUUUCCCAGGAUCUAGAGUAUGAAAAGAAUUGCUUCAGCUGAGCACCAAGACUAUGCUUGGGUGUAAACUGUUCUCUGAGGAGGAAACUUACACACGGACUGUAAACAAGACUAAAAGUAAACUAUAUGGAUAUGAAAGCAGAGCUACAGACGCUCCACAUUGUGCAAGGUUGACACUGGGUGGGAAAACAUUCCUUGUAAUAUUUAAAAAUACUUAAAACUGCUCAUGAGCAUUUAUGCUCAGGAGGUUAGUACCAGGAAAUGUACCAUGUCUUAAUUUAGAGUAGCCAAAUACCAGAACUGAAUUGCCUGUUAGGAAGGGAAGAGAAAAUUUUAGGUGGACUGCUGUGCAGACACCUGGCAGCUGCAGCAGAUGAAGUGUGCGUAACUGGACGGGGUCUGGACGUAACGUGGGCAGAGUUUCAGAAUGAUGCACACAGUACAGUGACUUUCUGCCAGGCGAAAUGUUCCUUCUUGAAACUCAGCGUAUUAUGGUAUAGAUACACACAUGUCUGUAAAUGUCUGCGAUGCAUCAGAAGGGUGCAGACCAACGCCAGCGUAAGUGAGGAGGGAGGAGGGUGAGCGUGGGAGGGGCUGGGGAGGGCUUCAGCUUUUUAUAAGCAUUCAUUCUCUUAAAAACUGCAAGUAACUAUAUAAGAUACUGGCUAAUUUUCAGUUGUGUUAUAAUGGAUAUCAUGUCCUAUUUUUUGUACUUUUUCUGUAUUUUUCAAAAUAAGAAUGGCGGUAAAGGUGGGAACUCUGUACUUGUAGAAAUGUUAUAGUCGAUUAAUUCCCAAUCAAAUACUAAGCUUUUAUAGAAGAUAUUUCUAAAACUUUUAACAAUGAGUGGACGGACUUGGCACUCUGUGUAAUGAAAUUAUCUAUUUUAUUAAAAUUUAAAAUGACGGCA